UUGAAUCUGAUGUGCUCUACACUCCACACCACUUGAUGGCGCAAUUGAUAGCGAUUGUUCAUUGUACUUGAGCAUGUAAAUAGAAGUAGUCAGCCAGCAAUCAGUACGGCAGUGAGAGACUGUGUUGCAAUCAUCCGAGGGAAGUUGGACAGAUAAUCUUUUUACACAUUUCUCAGUGUUAUUUCUUUUUUGUUAUUGUAUUCGUUUUUGUAUUGUUUCUUAGUCUUUGUAAAUAUUUUUUCGAUCAUGGGACGAGUUUGUGCAGUUAGGGGCUGUGGUAAAAUCCCGGACAGAAGGACCUGCCAUAGACUCCCACUCCGUUAUUCUUCACGGUUGAAGUUGUGGCUAUCUUUUCUUGGCUUCGACACCAACACACCCAUACAUGUUCUGGAAGAAGCAGACCAUCGUGUGUGCGCCUUGCACUUUCGGUUUGAGGACUAUGUACAGUCGACCAAGAACAGCAAGAGAGUUCAGUCUCCUAAAAAACUGUAUUUGAAAAGGACGGCUGUACCAACACUCUUGGGUCCUCCGCAAGACGAGGAAAACAUUGGGGCAGUUGGUGGUGUAGACGCCUCCACUACCCAACCCGUACACUUCUCAACUCCUGAAAAGGACUGGCCCUCUUCAUCAUCAGGCCUGUCUUUUAUCCUGACAAGUCCUGAGCCAACGCCAGACCAACCCAAAACAUCAAGGAGGUCCUUAUCUGGCAAAUACCUAGCUUUGCCUGUGGUGAGGGAUAGCCCGGCAGUAAUCCCAGAUGAGACAGACACAGAGAUGCAUCUAAUGGACGUUAGCAUGUCUACCGCCCCAGAAGAUGACCCAAAAGAUUACAGCUAUCACCUGAGUCAACAGUCAACACAAUCCAGUUCAAGUGCAACAUCCAGCUCAAGUGCAUCAGACAUUAGAAGUGGCUGGAAUGAAAAUAAAUGGAUUGUGAAUGAGUCUUGCCUCAUGGCACUGUUCAGUACAUGCCAGGUCCCUACAUGUGGUGUCCCCAUCAUUGAGAAGAAAAAGUCAACAAGAGGCAGCAAGAUAAAGAUUGAAUGGACCUGUCUGAAGAACCAUUCCGGCAGUUGGAUGUCAUGCCCUGAAGUGAGGGGAAUACCAGAGAACAACCUCCUCAUCUCUGCUGCAACACUUUUCUCUGGAACAACCUACACAGAAAUUGCAGAGUGGGCCAGCAUCCUGCAUUUACAGAUUUUGAAGACAUCGCAGUUCUACUGCAUCCAAAGGGACAACCUCAUUCCUGUUAUACAUUUCGCAUACAAGGACCAGCAAGACUACCUCAUCAAGCGACUCGUGAGGGAAAAGGAACUGGGAAAGUCCAUCGAGUUGUGUGGCGAUGCCAGGUGUGACUCGCCAGGCUACAGCAGCAAGUACUCCACCUAUUCGCUUCAGCUGUUAUCCACCCAAGAGAUUGUUCAUUUUGAACUACUGCAGGUUACAGAAGCUGGCAGUUCAGUUGCUAUGGAGUCUCAAGGUUUUCGGAGGGGGUUGAACCAUCUGAUCUACAAUGUAGGACUCCCGAUAGAUCUCAUCGCAACAGACAGGGCUCCAUCCGUCCGUAAGAUCAUGCGGGAAGAGUACCAGAAUAUCCGCCAUGAAUUUGAUACAUGGCAUGUGGCAAAAGGUUUGCAGAAAAAACUACUGGCCCUCGCCAACAAGAAGGGAAAUCAGGACCUGGGGGGCUGGCUUCAGGCUAUCCUGAACCACUUUUGGUUCUGCUGCUCAUCUUCUGAUGGCAACGCUGAGGAACUGAAGCGACGAUGGACCUCACUACUCUACCACAUUCGUGGGGUUCAUACGUGGGAGCAAGAUGGGAGAAGAUGGGCCUGUCCUCACCCGCCUCUAAGCUCCGAUGAACAGAAAAUGAAACGGUGGCUCCGUGAGGACUCAGAUGCCUUCAAGGGUUUGCAAACUAUUGUUGAGGAAAAAAGACUCCUGAAAGACCUGGACCACAUGACUCAUUUCAAACACACUGGUUCUUUGGAGGUGUACCACAGUAUGAUGCUGAAAUACAUGCCCAAACGACUCCAUUUUGACUACAACACCAUGGUGGCUCGUACACAACUUGCUAUUUUGGACAACAACUACAACGUUGGCCGCGAGCAGGCAACAACUUCAGAAGGUAAUGAGCUUUCCCAAGUAAGCACCCACAGAAAAUUUUCAUUGGUUGCUAAAUGUCUUGCUAAAAAAUUGAUUCCCUUUGCAGGCACACCAAGGUUCAGCGUGGUGUUCCCAAAACGAACAAAGGACUGGGUUGCCAAAAAAAUUUACCAGCCCACAAGCCAGAAUUUCACCCAUCACCUUGUUGAGCGUGUCCUGCAGAGAAGGGAAGACCCAACGCCAAAAGAAAUGCCAAGGGUCCAGCAGCCUAAAACCAUAGCAACUAAGGAGAAACCCCCAAAAGAGGAUGUCAUCAGGAAGCAUCAGUCCAGAUUCCCUCACAACCCAGAGACUUUGUAAUCAAGUGGACUGAUCAAUUCUGUACAUAUGUGCAGGACUGUACAUUUUUUUGUUCAUAAUAUUCCUUAUAGUGUGAAUUUGACAUGUUUUACAUAUGGUCACUGUUUCAAUGCCAAAUUUCAAUGCCAUGCACACAGCAUUUGUUUAGAAAUAAA